AUGACUGAGGAGGAGCGACAGAUCGCUGCGCGCCAAGCCCAAGAAGAGGCAGAGGCCGCCGAGGAGUACUUUGCAGAGCAGCCUGACAUGGACGAUGACAGUGAUGGGGACGCGCCUCUCCCCGUGGAUGCGCCGCGAUCGGCUCCAGCACCCUCACAGCCUGCAGACGAGGUCGACAACGACGACUUUGAAGCUCCCAUGCUGUCCACCAAUACUGCCACGCCCGCGACGCAAGCGACACAAGCGAUGCCGACGACACAGACGACACAGACGGCACCGGCCACACCAGCGACGGGCACCGGCGCAGCAGAUGCUCGUCCCAACCGGGAGCGCAGUGCUGAUCCCGACGACGAGCUGGACCGGCUCUUGGCCGAAGAGGAGGAGCGUGCUCUCGCGCAUGCUCGUCCCGCACAUGCCGAGGAGGAGCCUACCGCAGAAAAGAAGGCUAAAAGCGCCGAGAAGGCCACCCGCAGCCAAGUUGGCGGCCCUAUCGGGCAGCUCAUCAAGGCCUUCAACUGGGUCAAAGACCAGGUCACUGAGGAUUCUGUUCACUACGAAAAGUCCAAGGCUUAUCAAGCACCAGUGGACCGUCGCCGUUCUAGCAUCGAAAAGCCUAGCGAAGCUUUCCAGGCCAACGAGGAUGAGACUGGCAUCGUUAUGCACAAGGAAUCUCGUUGGGAGUCUCAGUGGAACAGCUUCAAGGAGAACAACCCCGUCCUUAACCGUAUUUUUGAUCUGCAAAUGAAGUAUGAUGAGAGUGAUAACGUCCUUGUGCGCGGUGCACGCAGCGUGACGGACACUCUGACUGACCGUCUCGGCCAAGUCUUUGAGAAUGACGAGAGUGGCGCCGUUCUCGCUGAAGUGCAACGUUUGGACCCAACCUUCGACCGUCUUGCUUUCACGCUCCACUGUGAGAAGAAGGUCAUCCCUGCCGUGCUCGAGGCAUUUAUUGCCGGUGACAAGGAGGUUCUGAAGGAGUGGUGCGCCGAGGUCUGCUUCAACAACAUGGCCGCGCAAAUCGACCAACGCGAGGCGUCGGGUAUCAUCUACGAAGCUCGCAUUCUCGACAUUGCUGACGUGGAGUACAUCACGGCGCAACGCAUGGACGAAGGACCUGUCCUCGUCUUUGUCUUCAAUGCCCAGCAAACCCACUGCAUCCGUGACCGUACCGGUGCUGUUGUUGAGGGCUCUGAGGAUAACAUCCAGCAAUCAAUGUACAUGUUUGCUAUGCGCCGCAACCCGGCCAUCUUCGACCCGAAGCUGGCAUGGCAGGUGCUCGAGAUGAACCUGGUCAACUCUACUCCCGUCUGGUAGAGCAAGCCCCAAUACGUAGUUACGCUGGCUGUUUGCUUCGUUUGAUGAUGUGGUUUAUCAGUGAAGUGCAGCGCGUUCCACCCCUCCCUACCACUGAUACAUUUGUCCCAGACCGUUGUUUUCAUGAGUUGGCAAGGUAGUGGAUGGAGGAUCAACACGCCUCAAAUCAUAGCGGAAGAAAUUUCAAACCCCAAGAGAAAAAAAAAAAAUUGGUCAACUCAAUUCACAAUGUCAGUCAAUGCCACGCGAGCUGCGGUCAAUUGAGAGUAGUGCCAAGCC